AUGGACGCCUUCAAAAACAAAGUGCAAGGCCUUGCCAGCGGGGUCGGAGGCUCUGCCCAACAAGGAGGCGCUGCCCAACAAGACGGCGCUGCUCAACCAGCCGGUGGUGAGCAGAAGGACUACGGCGAUAAGGCGUUCGACGCCAUUUCGAAGAAGUCCGGGCAUACCUUCGACCCCAGUACCAGCGAGAAGAUCACCGACGGCGCACGCGGUGUAUUUGAGAAGGCCACUGGCUUCGCACCGUGGCCAGACCCCUCGGAACCCCUAGUCACCACAACAACCACAACAACAACCACCACCACCCCUAAGGGUCCUGUAAACUUAAUACCGCCAGUUAACCUUCACGUCCACAACAGCUUCCAGUCGCCCAUAGCAAAUAUCUCGCCGUUCCAUGCCUUCAUUGUCCUGACCCAGCACCGCACAGUACCCUCUGCCGCGCUAUUACGCUAUUAUUGUACUCUGCUACGAGGACCAAGCGCGCGUCUCCCCCCAGCGUCCUGCCCCGUCUGCAACUUGAACCUGAAUGUUUUGACCCUUCCCGAAGACGAAUGCAACGCGUUAAAUCUGCUGGAGAUGGCCGAGGACGAAGGAGAACAUUCAGAAAUGUCGGCAUCAAACGAUGCGCGCCCACAGACGGCGCGCAAGGAUUCGCGCAAAGUUCCUGGCGGCUUUGGCAUCGACGACGUGGAUGAUUUGUCGCCCGACAAGGACAAAUUCGACGACUCAAUAUUUGAGAAUGCGCCUACCCACGAGCAAAAUAAUCGGAUACCAUCCCUUGACCCUACGAGUCUACCGUCAUUACCACCCCCGAACGAUAGCAGCCUCUUGUAUAGCCAUAGUGAAGACGGAGACGCUGGGAGCGAUGUGCUUGGGCACAUACUAGAUGAAGGGAAAAUGCAGAGACACUUGAAUGAUGUCGAGUCCAGCUUUCUCCCGGUCCCUUCACCGAUUAGUAUCGCCGAGAAUAAGGGAGUCGACGAUACAUAUCUUUUCGAUAGAGCUCAAGCCCCCCAAGAAGCGCUACAUACAGAUAUAGCGCUAGAAAAUGAACCACACGCCUCUCAGAAUCAGAACGGAACUCCUCCAAUGUCGCCUCCCACCCCUUCGAAUGCCUACAAAACCCCCGCUUUACCACAAGACGACUCGAGUGUUGGGGAUGAAUCUGCAAUGGAUGCGGGAAAUACGACCUCGUCGCUCGAAACAAUGUCGUCUUCCCCCACAGCUGCGGCGGCUGCAAGAACUGUAUCUAGGGCGAUUUCAAUGGCAAGCGCCGGCGGUCACGAAGAUGCGAUUGAUAUGGACGACUCACAGCUAGAGGAGCACACAGACAGUGAAGGCGACUACGAAGCAACGCCCAGGAAGCCGAUGAACAAUUCUUUACUAGAUUCAUGCGAUGAACGAUCUACCCUACGUCGCCAUCUGUCAAGCAAUAGCCUACAUAGUUUUAGUGUAGAUGCGGGAAGCACACCAGGUGCUGCCCUGACUCGCACACAGUCUGGAAGGCGACCCAAGUUCCUUCGAAGCAGACAUGCCAGCCAGCGCUCCUCUGUUUCGUCAUUUAUAACAAAUCCUGAUUCUCGUGAUGGAAGCGACAUCACUCUUGGAGCGGACUACGCCCUUCAGUCCGGUGGAGCUGUGCCAACUACCGGAUUCUCUCGAAACAGCAGCCUUGCAUUGUCUCGCUCCAUCAGCCUGGGAAGUAUAGCCUCGGGAAUUGAGGACUAUUCCGGAAAUGUUGAUGCAUCGCGCGGUUUGGAUGGGAGUCUUGCAACCUUGACUGAAGAAGAGCAAAAUCGCGACAGAAGAGGGACCGAAAAUGGUUCCCCUCCAGAAACCCCACGGGCAACUAGUAGGUCGAUGGCUGCACCGACAGAUACGAUAAUCGCCCGUCAUGUACGCAAUGUUCAAGUUCCAGAGUCCUUGGCCAAGGAAUACCGCAGCAAGAGCGACGUAUCAUCGCCAAACAAGCGAUCGGGGUUCGCAGCUGCAUCGCUCGGUCGGAAUGGAAAGAAUCUUACAUUGAAGGAACAGAGCAGCACCAUCGAGCGGCUAUCGAAAGAGAACUUCGACCUAAAACUGAAGGUUAUGUUCCUUAGCGACCGUUUGGACAAGGUCUCCGAAGAAGGUGUCAAAGAAAUGAUCUCCGAGAAUGUCGAGCUUAAGACUGGUCUUGCUGUCAUGCAGCGAGACAAUAAGGCUCUGAAACGGAAAGUGAAAGAGCUUGAGAAACAGCUGCAAAACGACGAAGACCGGCCAGGUACAGCUCGCUCUGGUACAUCUACUGGCGACAACAGCCCGCAGUGGUUCGAUCAUGAAGGUGCCCAUGAGCGAGAAGAAGAGCUUCUGUAUCUUAGAGAAAGAGUUGAGGAAUACGCGACGGAGACUGAGACCCUCCGGAGUGAGGCUAUCGCGCGAGAGAACGAGAAGCGAAAUCUAGCCGAAGUGGUGCGCUCGAUGGGUGAAAGACGUGGUCAAACCAUUGAUGCUCGCGAAGAGAUGGAUGUGUGGAAAGACCUCCUGGAGCAGGAGACUGCGCGGCGUGAACAGUCUGACGACGACAAUAAAAAGCUCCGUGAAGAAAUCUUCCGGCUGAAAACUGAGAGUGCCUCCUCCGGUAGUGGUAUCGCUGGUGUUGGUCACACUACUAACAUUUACAACAUCACGAAGAAGCGACAGCACUCCCCGUCAAGACCCAGAUCGGGGCUUUCAGAUCAUGCAGAAGAUCGCAACGGCUCUUUUAGUGCUGCUAGCACUUUGGUUGAGGAUCUCAGAAGGGAUUGUGAGCAGCUCAGGCACGAAAAUGCCGAGUUGCGGCGCGAAGUUGGCGCUCAGACAUCGAUGCUUACAUCCCGUAAUCGUGAGAAAGAGCGCCUUUACCAGGAGAUUGAAGACCUAAAACUUGGCCAGCGUAGGGGAGGGAGAUCUGUUGCUGGGGAGAGUAUCUUGGAUCGGUCUGCUUCACGAGCCCAUGUACGAUCAUUAUCACGGACCAGUGCUGGCACUAGGGAUACGGCUCUAACUGAUACUGAGCGUGAAGAGUUCGAGAAUAAGUCUGCCGAACUCCGGGACCGUAUCAAUAGUCUCAAAAUACACAACCAAGAUCUUCAGCGCGAACUCGAGUCAUGUAUGGAGGAUUUCGAAACUGCUGUCGAGCAAAAGAAGCAGGCAGACAUUCUGGCAAAUGAACUCCAAGAGGCGCUUGAAGUUGCAGAAGCCGAUUUACUCACUAUGCAAUCGGAUAGAGAUGAAGCGUUACAGGGACAAGAAGAGGCCGAGAUUAUGUUCGAAUCGCUCCGAAAAGAAGCACAGGAAGAGCUAGAUGGCUUUGCAGCGGAAGCCGAGGAGGCCCAAGCCGAGAUUGAGCGCCUCCAAACCGAACUAUCAGAUACAACGGAGAAUUUCAAUGCUCUCCAGAAUGAGAUGCGGGAGAUGAGCGAGGGUGUCGUCAGGUUGGAAGACGACCAUGAGCAGAAGAGUCGACGAAUACAAGACCUUGAACGAGAUCUUGACGAUAUGAAUAAAGAACUUGAGCAAAUGGAGAAGAAUCUGGUCGAAGCGAAUGGGAAAAUACAACGGCUGUUAGUGCAACAGGAGUCGAGUCAGGGUGAGAUUGCUUUCCUCCGCGAAGAGCAAGACGGCGAUAAAAUCAAGAUUGGGGACAUGGAGGCUGCUGUCAAGAACCUCGAGCAGACUCUACGUGAAGAACGGGAACGCAUCAAGGAGCUUGAAGAACGACUGGCGUAUGAGCGGCAUCAGCGGGAAGUUGUUGCUGGCAAGGAAAAGCAAGAGGUCCAGCAAUACAUCAAUGAGCUCAACCGAGAAGCGUCUACGUCCAAGGAUGAGGCCCGCAAACUCCGGAAGAAUUUGACUUCGCGAGAAGUUGAGGCCGCGGAAUGGAAACAGAGGCUCAUGGAGCUUGAGAGUAACCUGAGAGAAGCCCUUGGGGACCUCAACGGGACACGAUCAAGCCUACUCAGUUCUAUUGCUAAGCUCCAACGAGAAUUGGAGAAUAGCCUUCGGGAUCUCGACAACAAGAAGGAAUCGCUCACCGAAAAAGAGCGGCAGAUUCGGCAACGCGACACACUCUUAGAAAACCAUGCCCUCGAAUCUCGCAGGCUUGCAGACAUGCUUGACAAAGAACGUCAGGCUCAUCGUAAUACCAAGCACCAGUUCGAUACUUUCCAGAGGACCACUUCGCAUACGACCCGUACCCUUUCUCAGCAAGAGACUCGUGUCAUUGAGCUUGAGACAUCCCGCCAGCAAGACCGCAAGAAAAUCGCUACGCUUGAGGCCCAUUUCAAGGACCAGAUGAAUGAGCGGAAUAACCUUCUUUUGGCUUUGUGGGCCAGACUGAGCGCUUUAUGUGGUGUGGAUUGGGCGCACAACAAUAGCCUCAUCAACGGUCGCGCACUGCCGUCCCUCGAAGCUGUAUCUACUAUGCUCCCAGGCUUUUCGAAGAACCUCUUUGCGGCCAUCAAGAUGAUUGAGACCACAGUCAGUGACUUCCGCUCCCGGAUCCGCAGCGUUGAGAAGGAUCUAUGGAAAGAGUAUCAGACUCUUGAAUCGAAUCUCGAGCUACGCACCAAGCGCCUAGAUCGCCUUGAAACCAUGGCAAGGAGCGCGGUUACAGGAUUGAGCGGAGACGGCAAGGCGGAGAUUGGAAGACUGAGGGAAGUCAACAUGACGCUAAAAACCGAGCUGUCCAGCCUAAGAGCGUCACACAGUGUCCGCACCGGCGGUUACACUGAUCCCAGCCCCAGUCCAUCCGUGCCAACUGGUCCUAGGAGCAAAGUCGUCGAGAACAAGACCCGUUCAUCGACGUUGACGCGCACCACCUCGGAGUCAGCCGUGGAGACCCUUGAUCGCAUCUCCAAGUCCAGCCACGGAAACCGAAGUGCACUAGGGUCGCCACAGAAGGGAUCAGGACCCGGAAGUGCCACUGAUGAUGGGUAUACUCCGGACCUUAGAUGGCAGAUCCGACUACAGGAGUUGGAGUAUAAGCUAAAAGCGGAGCGCGAGGCGCGAAAGACGGAUCGUUCAAGCGCACGACAGAGACUACAGGAGGCGAACAGAGAGAAUGCAGAGAUGGCCGCAGAGUUGGAGCGGAAUAAAGUAAGGGCGCAAAUGGGGGCAGGGCGAUCGCAAUCCUCCACGUAG